UGUCCUCUUAUAAGAAUCCGCUCUUCAAAACAGUAUGGAGUGUAACAUUGGUUGGCGUGUGUUCGUGGAGAAAAUGGGAUAAUUAUAAUGUGAUGAUGUAUGUCGAACUUCGUUGAGAAUGGACACAGCUGAUGCUCAGGAAGGUCAUCCUUCAAAAGAUGAGGUAGACGGUGAUACAUUGCAUUCAGCAGAAAAGAAAUUGCCGUCCGAAGAUGAGGUAGAUGGUGGUACAUUGCAUUUUGCAGAAAAGAAAUUGCCUUCAGAAAAUGCCAUUGAAGGUCAGACUUUGGCAGGAACUGAAGCUACUGUGAUGGAUGAAAAAAGUUCACAGAAUGUAUUUACUGACCCCAAUGAGCAGAAUGACAUGUCAGUACCCAAAACAAGCGAUCAGGCUGAAGUGUCACAAUCAGCAACUGAUAGCAUCACUGUUAUCGAUGCCAAAAAAUUGACUUGUCCUAAAGGAGAGGCAGAUUACGAAAGGGAUGAGUGUCUCUCAGGUGUUGAAGAAACAAGUUGUGGCCAUACUGAUGGCGAAAAGUCCAAGAAUGAAUCAAAUGACAAACUUACAAAUAGUUUAGCUACUGAUGAUGAUCAUCAGACAAGGACAGAUGGCCCGAGAAGUGAUCAUGGGAUACUUACCAAAUUAAAGGAAGCUGUUCCGGAGAAAGCAGCUUGUGAACAAAGUGAAGAUGAUUCUUUAACUUCCCUUGCAGAGCAGCCAAAGCAUGAUCAAAAUCUGUUAGAGGAAACAACCCAUUCUGUAUGUGGUUUCAAUCUGCAAGCAAGUACACACAAUGAAGGAUGUGAUUCUUCAGGAGAGUUAGUCAUUGAUGAACUUGCAGAUGAUCAACACACAGAUGAUGUCCAUCAGACACCUACAGAUGAGACGAGUUCUGAUCAUGGGGCACUUGCAAAACCAAACCAAAAUGUUCCGGAGGAAGCAACUGAUGUCCACCAAGCGAACAUAGAUAAGACAAGCUCUGUUCACGGGGCAUUUAGCAAAUCAAAACAACUUGAUCUAGAUGAAGCAGCUUGUGAACCAAAUGAAGAUGUAUUUUUAUCUCCCCCUGCAGAGCAGCAAAAUUCUGAUCAAAAUCUGUUGGAGGAAACACCUGCUUCUGCCUGUGACGAUUGUGUCGAUGUUCAUGGAUCAAGUUCACAAGCAAGUACACACCAUGAAGGAUGUGAUUCUUUAGGAGAGUUGAUCAUUAAUAAAGUUGGAUGUGAAACAAACUAUGCUCAUUCUGAUGAAGAUAAAUUAUCCAAUGAAUCAAUUGACACAAAUAAUCCACCUAAAGAUAUGGUCAGUCAGUCAAAUACAGAUGAGCCAUUUUCAGAUCAUGUGGUACUUGCCAAACAAAAUGUUCAAGGGGAACCAAGUAAAGAUGGUUCUUCUUUCUCUUCUGAAGUAGAGCAUCCAGGACAUGAUCGAGAAGGUUCACAGUGUCAAGAUUCUAAUGACAGCCUAUCUCAGUCUACCAGGACAGAGGACCAUGAAUUUGCGAUCAGAAUGGAUAAAAGUGUUCACACAGGUGAGCAGGGUGCUGGAAAUAGUCAUGAAAAUACCAGUGAAUUAGCUGAAGUUGUGACCAGUAAGACCACAGAAAGCGUGAUUGAUGAACAGAUCCAGAAAACUGAGGAAGUAGCAAGACCUGAACAAUGUGUGGAGAUUGGUAGUGAUUUCAUGGUAGUUUCAAACCAUGGAGAGAGAGAACACGAGUGUUUGUGGAGAAGAUGCCACUGAUCCUCAAGACUGUGAUACUACUAAUCCUCAUGACUGUGAUGCUACUAAUCCUCCAGAAGAUGAUGCCACUGAACCUGCAGAAGGUGAUGCUGUUGAUCCUCCAGAAUUUGAUGCCACUGAUCCUCCAGAAGUUGAUGCCACUGUUCCUUCAGAAGUUGAUGCCACUGUUCCUUCAGAAUGUGAUACUGCUGAUCCUCCACUGAUCUGUCCUCCAGAAGUUGAUGCCCCCGAUCCUCCCGAAGAUGAUACCAUUGAUCCUCCAGAAGGUGAUGCUGCUGAUCCUCCACUGAUCUGUCCUUCAGAAGUUGAUGCCUUUGAUCCUUCUGAAGAUGAUACCAAUGUUCCUUCAGAAUGUGAUACUGCUGAUCCUCCACUGAUCUGUCCUCCAGAAGUUGAUGCCCCUGAUCCUCCCGAAGAUGAUACCACUGAUCCUCCAGAAGGUGAUGUCUCUGAUCUUCCAGAAAGUUAUGCUGCUGACCCUCCAGAAGGUGAUGCUUCUGAACCUCUAGAAGGUGAUGUUGCUGAUGGAACAGAAGGCGUCACCUGUAGUCCCAUUCAAAAACGUUUGGAACUCAGUUGUGAAUCUGAACCUUUGGAUAUGGAUCACAUACAGGCCAAUGUUGAAGAUAAUAUCAGUAAGGACAAAGUUGUGGGACAGCAUGAGGAACACACCUGUUCCUUUCAAGGUGAGGUACAUGGUUCAGAACAGACAUGUGAGUCUCAACCUUUUGAUGUGGAUCACAUUCAGUCUAGUACUGAAGAUAAUAUCAGUGAAGACAUCAGUACAGAUAAGGAACAUCCAGGUGAAAAUCUGCUCAGAGGAUGUCCAGUUACAGAAAAUGAAAAAAUGACCGAUAAUAAUGGAGAAGACACAGUUACAGAGGAGAAGCGGGAUAAGGAUGAGGUUCUGAGGGAUGAUGUUAGUCAACCAGAGAGAGCUGCAAAAGGAACAUUUGCCAAGAAAGAUACAGCAAAUAGUUCUCAUGGAUUUGUGAUGUUAAGCCCAUUUACACUUACUCGAGAAGAAUUUGAUGCCCAAGGCAAUAGUCCUGACUUGAAAAAAUCAAGUGAACAAGCUUCAGUUGCAUCUGCCCAAAGCAGUGAAGUUGCAGAAAGACCAUGCAGUGAUACUUCAUAUUUUGAAGCUGGAGACACUGAAAAUGAAACGUUUGUUACUGGAACUGAAGAUGAGGCAGGUGAAGAAGUUAACACUGGAGGAGAUGAUGAGAAAACAGCAGAUAAUGAUUCUAAAGAAAAAAACACCCCAGAAGGAAAUUAA